AAAGUUGUUCUUUUGGAAAGGAUCCAUUUUGAGGACAGAGCUAAAAAACGCGAAAUGGAGAGAACUAAAAAAUAAAGGGUCAGUGCUCUAAAAUGCAUCUCUCUGGGGAGAGAGAGGAGGGGGGCCCUGCCUCUAAAAUGAGUCUCUCUGGGGGACAUGACACCAAAGCUAAGAGCCCAAUCAAGCAGGAGAGACCAGCCUCCCCUGUACCCAGCUGUGUGUCCAUGAAGAGUGACAAGUCUAUGCAUGAACCUAUAGUGUUUAGAAAGGGAGACUGUUCUACUGAACAAAGAAACCAACAGGAGAGAUCAGAGUCAGAGAUUCUCAGUGGUCAGUCUUCCCAGAGUCAUCAAACAGACCUGGCCUCCAUAUUCAGUUUGCUUGAAGAGAAUAUUAUGACAUUUGUGAAGAACGAGCUGAAGAUGUUCAAGAGGAUUCUUAGUCCAGAACUCCCAGAAUCCUUUGAGCGUCAGAAGCAGGAUAAGGAAGUGGUGGAUGCUGAAGAUGAGAAGCAGGAGAGCAGUGCCAGAGAGGGGGCUCUGAUGAUCACACUGCACGUCCUGAGGAAAAUGAACCAGAAGCAGCUUGCUGACACACUGGAGAAAAAUGAUCCUGCUGUGAUUUGCCAACGUGAUCUAAAAUCUAAUCUAAAGAAGAAGUUUCAAUGUGUAUUUGAGGGGAUCGCUAAACAAGGAAACCCAACACUUCUCAAUAAGAUCUACACAGAGCUCUACAUCACAGAGGGUGGAACAGGAGAGGUCAAUAAUGAACAUGAGCUGAGACAGAUUGAGACAACAACCAGGAAACAAGCAAGACCAGAGACUGCAAUCAAAUGUAACGACAUCUUCAAACCCUUAACUGGACAAGACAAACUUAUCAGAACUGUGCUGACAAAGGGAGUCGCUGGCAUUGGAAAAACAGUCUCUGUGCAGAAGUUCAUUCUGGACUGGGCUGAAGGAAAAGCAAAUCAGGAUGUCCAAUUUUUAUUUUCAUUCCCUUUCCGGGAGCUGAAUUUUAUGAAAGAGGACAAACACACGUUCAUUGAACUUCUCAAUCACUUCUCAAUGGAAACCAAAAAAUCAAGAAUCUCCAACUACGACAAAUACAAAGUUCUGUUCAUCUUUGAUGGUCUGGAUGAGUGCCGACUGCCCCUAGACUUCCAGAAGAACAAGAUCUGUUGUGACGUCACAGAGUCAACCUCAGUGGAUGUUCUGCUGACAAAUCUCAUCAAGGGAAAUCUGCUUCCCUCUGCUCUCCUCUGGAUAACAACCCGACCUGCAGCAGCCAAUAAGAUCCCUUCAGUGUGUGUUGACCAGGUGACAGAGGUACGAGGGUUCAAUGACCCACAGAAGGAUGAGUACUUCAGGAAGAGAUUCAGUGAUGAGGAAACACCUUGUGGUGUUUCAUACCAAACAGAAGAAUGAAAAGUAUCUUGGGAAAGAAGAGACAGGUCCACACUGGAAUAAAGAGAGCAUUCUGUCACUGGGAAAACUGGCUUUUCAACAGCUUGUGAAGGGCAAUCAGAUUUUCUAUGAAGAAGACCUGAAAGAGGCUGGCAUUGAUGUCAGUGAAGCCUCAGUGUACUCAGGAUUGUGCACACAGCUCUUUAAAGAGGAAUGUGGGCUGUACCAGGACAAGGUGUACUGCUUCGUGCAUCUGAGCAUUCAGGAGUUUCUGGCUGCUGUAUAUGUGUUCCUCUCAUUCAACAACAACAAUGAGAAUCUAA